AUGUCAGCCGUCCUCUCACUGCUGCUAUGUGGCUGCAAAGAGGGAGACAUGUGCAAAGCUGAUUUCAAGUCUGGCAAUGCGCCUGAGAAGAUUCAGAUUGCUUGUGCGAGCAAGUCAACUCGAUCGGCAAGCACAGAGCAUUCGGACCGUACCACGUCUGGCACAUCCCAGGUGGCUGAACUUGACGAGAUCGAACGAAGAGUGUCACAUCUCGUCCAAAGCCUCUGCGAGGAGGAUGCAGCAGCACUGGUCGUGUGCCAUGUCAAGGGUAACAUGUACAAGAUUAAUGGACGCAGGGUGAGGUUAUCACUGUCGCGCAGAGCUGUGGUGAUGGUACAGGAGGACUUUGAUGCGCUUCCACUUGUACCUCUUGAGACUUACCUCCAGCAG